AUUCUGAUAAAUUGCGUUAUCUGGAAACAAACCAUCCAAAACUCUCUUCAAAACCCUAAUUUAACCAUUCAGAGCUCCCAUUUCCUCUUUCCAUUAUCCGAAUCUCUCUCUCUCUAGAAACUACAUUCGGAUAAAGGUCUUGGUACAUCAUCACAUGUCAUAUAGACACAAAGACAUAUAUCGUUACAUAUAUAGACAAACACACAUCAUCAUCGUUGUCUCUCUCUCUCGUUCCUGUUCUUGUUAGUUUGGAGCACCGAUCAGAAUUUCUCAUGAUUGUGCUCAGACGGUCGAGAAAAUGGCGUUGGUAACCCAACAUAUUCAGGGCUCUCAUGUGACAUUUCCUUCAAGGCCUUUACCAUGGAACAGAGGAAUGAAGUUGAAACGAUAUGUAACAACACUUCACAUGGUUGCAAGAACAGAUAGGUUCCACUCAUCGAAGUGCCAGUCUUGUCUAAGUCUAGGAGCUCCUAUUGUUCGAGGACUGAAGGGAAAAUCUUUGAGAAUUUCUGCCUUCAAAGGCAGUGCCCAAAAUGAUGAAUCAGGAGGCAGAACAAGUGGAUCAAAGUCCGCCAAGAAGUCUGUCAAACUUUCUUAUGUAGAACGAGAAGAUGAAGAGACCUUGAAAGAGUCUCCAGUGGUUCAGAAUGUUCCACUUUCUCAUGCCUCUGAAGCUGAGGGGACAAUAGCAGGAUCUAUGGCUAUCCAAAAUUUAUUCAAGAAUUGGUUAACAUUGUUGCGCACACAAACACCAAAUGAAGUUGCGGAUGAGAUUUUAGAGGAACCAGCCCCAACGGUAUCAGGAAUGGAGAAUGGAUCACAAAAGACAGAAGGAGGUGAGAUUCUAAAGGCAGUUUGGUGCUAUUUUCUGGGUCUGGAUGCAACAGUAAAGAUACCUUUAUUGAUAUUCAUUCCUUUUUACAUGGUUGUAAACAUGUUAUAUGGAGCUGAAGUUUCGAAGGAGUUGACUCCUUUGUGGGUUUUAGGGCCACUCAUCGUGGCACUCUACAUCAAGAUGUUCCGGGGCUUAUGCGCACUCUAUGUUUUCAGCUUCAAGCAGACGGUUAAAGUAAUCAAGAGCAUACCCGGCUACUCCGUAGUGGCUCUCAAUUAUAUUGCUCGUGGGAAGCUCAAAGAAGACCUACGAGCUCGUUUUUGGCAACCUGUGGUGGACAUUAAGAACUUGGACUACAAAGAACUAUCGAAAAGAAAGUUGAAAGAUCUGAAAGUGUGGGCUGGGGAGUACUACCUUGAUUUUGUGGAAUCAAUAUGGCCUUAUUACUGUAGAACAAUCAGGUUUCUGAAGAGGGCGAAUCUCAUCUAGAUUUGGGGAUUUUAAUUUGAGAGAUGCUAGUAAGAGCGGAUGGCAUUUGAAUUCGAGUUUUUUGUUUUUUUGGUGAAAAAAUGUUCCAAUGAACAGAAAUUUAAAUAGCUGGAAACCCAUUUUAGACUAGGGUUGUUCUCAAGACAUUUGAACAAGUUUAGGAUCACAAAUAGAUGAGCUGGUCAAAUUAUGUAAUUUAUUUAUGUAUCGUGAUCUAAUUGUCAAAUUAGUUCCAUAUGUUUUCUUCUGCACUCUCUAGCUCUUGUAUAGGUAUUCUAAAGUUGUCUUGACAUUCGAGUCAUUGUAUGUAUGGGUGUCUCUCAAAUUUUACCCCUUUGCUAUAUGUAUGCUGGGAUUUUGUUAUCAAUUUUCAAAUCUGUGGUCGAUUUGUUUCUUA